AUGGCUUCCAUUGACCUGUUGUUUUUCCACGGCAGAGGGCAUUGGUGUAAUGAUGGAGUAUUUGACUAUUUUUGCCCCUUUUUCAGUUUCAUAGACUGCAUAAAAAGAUCUGGCUUUUUUGGCUUUCUAUUUAAACUUUGCACAAAGGACAACUAUAACUUUGGGAAAGCGUGUGUGUCUGGUUGUCCAAAAGGAAGCCUGGUCACUUGCCUUUCCUUUGGUAUCUUCUCAGUGGAUAUACCUAUUGAAACCCUAAUCUUGUUCAUCUUGGAUUUGCUGUGA